AUGAUCAAGCUUUGCUUCAUGACUUCUCAUGGCUAUUCAAUCCCCGGCCUUAAUCUUCCUCAAGACCUUACUAACACCGAAAUCAUCAAGACUGGUCGGUCUUAUUUGGUGAAUCCUGGAGCAAGACAAGAGAUUAUACCUGCAAGCUCCUUUAAUCUGAAUCCAGAACACUUGGAACCAUGGAAACCGGUUUCUUCAUUGAGCAAAUCUAACCAAUUUGUGGAGAUUGACUCAACCAUGAUGAAGCCUCUGUUUAUGGAUGUUCAUGAGACAGUACCAGAAUCUCUGGUUUUGAGCUUUGGAAUCGCUGAGAAGUAUGCGAGACAAGAGAAAGUGAUGGAGUUUCUUAUGUCUCGGUCAGAGGAGUUUAAGGAAAAAGGAUUCGAUAUGUCUUUGGUAUCUGAAUUGAUGGAGCUACAGGCUAUGAAAUCCAGUUCUCGGCUACGACCGUAUGAUGCUUCCUCUGUUCUUUACUUGAAUCAAGAAUCGGGGAAGCCGGUUUUGGAUCUUGUUAGGGAUAUGAUGGAUAAUCCAGAGUUCUCCGUGCAAUCGAAUGGUCACGUUCUGUUCUCUUCAAGUAGCAGUCAUGAGUUGAAUGAUAUACUUUCUAUUGCUUCUGAGUUCAAUCUGUCAAGGAAUUCAACGAAAUGGAGACAGCUCUCACCGCUUAUCCCGCAUUUUCAGAGGUUUGAAAGUGAAGUCUUAACACCGGCUAAGCUGAAAGCAGUUACAGUGCUCGCACCUUUGAAGAGUCCUGAGAAAACCAAGCUCAAGUCACCAAGGAAAAACAAUACAAAGCGGAAAGCUAAAGAGAGUGACCUCUACAAAAGAAACCAUCUACACGCUUACGAGAGCCUUCUGUCUUUAAUGAUAGGCAAUGAUCAUCAACACAAACAAACAACAGUACUCUCUUUACAGAGAUCAUGCGGAGAACUCUCAGAGCUUCUGACUCAGUUUUCUAUCAGUGUUGCUGGAACUGGAAUCGCUGUGCUCUUCUCUGUGGCAUGUAGCCUUGCUUCAAGUCAAAUACCUUUUUGCGCAAACAAGUUCUUCGACACUGGACUUGGUUUCAGUUUGAUAAUACUGUCUUGGGCUGUGAAUAGACUCAGGGAGGUGAUUGUUAAUGUCAAUAAGAAAGCAAACAAGCCAUGUUCAAGUUUGAAGGGUGAAGAAAUCAUAAACAAUGUGGAGAAAAGCAUCAAGGAGGUUUACUUCAGAGCUGCCACAGUAAUCGCAGUGUUUGCGCUUAGGUUUGCAUGUUGA